AUGGGACACAAGACCGCCAACAGAAAUACCCGCCAGUCUGCAAACACAGGCGAGAUGAGCAGCUUGAAGCGGCUCGCUUUCCACAUGCGGACACUAUGGCUCUUUACCAAGAGUGACCUCCCUACCUCUACCGGCAUCAAUACAACAUUCGCCAUUGCAGGCAUCCUCGCUGGACCGGGCACCCUUAGCGACGCUGAUAUUCACUGGAGUGAUAUGGGCAAGGGACUGCUUGUGGCUCUAUAUUUCACCUGGCACCUGACUCUAUGCUUCAAUCUCGGAAACCAGCGCCAGCCGCAGUCCGUCAUUGAGGAUGGCGCCAACAAGCCGUGGCGACCCAUCCCGGCGGGUCGGAUUACCCCCGAGUUGACAGCCAAAUGGCAUCUCAUUGCGAUAGCAUCAUUGCUUACGCUAUGUGCUACGUUGCUGGGGGCUUGGAAAGACACGGCUUUCUACCUUUUCUGCACUUGGCUAUACAACGAGCGGGCUUGGGGAGACAAGUCGUGGUGGCAGCGCGCCUUGAUGAACGCCUGUGGCAUCACAACCAACCGUGUAGCUACCCUUCGUGUGGCUAUCACAGCUAUCCAACUCCACACUCCCGAGCAGUACCACUUCACCGACAAGGGUCUAGGCUGGUUCUUGGUGUGUGCUGGCAUUGUCUUCACUACGAUCCAGGUCCAGGACCUCCGUGACCAGGAGGGCGAUGCGCUGAUCGAUCGACAAACCCUGCCCCUAAUCAUCGGUGAUGCUCCAACACGCUGGUUGACGGCCAUCGCAGUCUGGGCCUGGUCUUUCAUCUGCCCCCGCUACUGGAACCUCGGUAUGCUUGGCUGCAUGAUUCCCAUCCUGACGGGAGCCAUCGUUACAGCGCAUAUGCUCGUCUUCCGCACUCGCGUCAAUGACCAGGCUAGUUUCCGGCUGGUAGCCGCCUGGUGGGUAUCACUGUACUUCUUGCCUCUGAUGAAGACGCAUGGACUGUGA